AUGCCGGAACCUACCAAAGAAGUGUGGAUUCAAACUGCCGAAGGAUUUUAUAAUAAUGCGAAUUUUCCUAACUGCCUUGGAGCAGUUGAUGGAAAGCAUAUUCGAAUAAUUAAUCCGGCAAAAAGUGGUUCAGACUACUUUAAUUACAAGCAUUUUUUUUCUAUAAUUUUAAUGGCUUUAGUAGAUUCGAACUAUUGUUUCCUUUCCAUAGACGUUGGAGCUUAUGGACGUGAAGGAGAUCCUAACGUCUUCAAAAAGUCACCAUUAGGUAAAAAGUUAUACGAUCGUCAACUGGACAUCCCAUUGCCAAAAAAGUUACCUAAUGAUGAUGAUGGUGUAGAACAACCAUUUGUGAUAGUUGGAGACCUACAUUCAUUUGCCUUGCAUGAAAACUUACUCAAGCCUUACCCAAGAAAAAAUUUAGAUUUGAAGAAAAAAAUAUUUAAUAUAAGACUCACUCGAGCUAGACGUUAUGUGGAAUGCACGUUUGGAAUUCUAGCGAACAAGUGGAGAGUUUUUCAUACGCCUAUUUUAGUUGAACCUGAGUUUGCUACAUUGAUAGUAAAAGCAGCAUGUGUUAUUCACAAUUUUGUUCGUCGUCGAGAUGGUGUAGAAUAUGAAGAUACAGUUCACUGUCCAUUUGAAUCUAUAAGUUCUGAGACUAAUCUUGCAAGAGGAUCAACAAUUAGUGCAAGAGAUGUCCGAGAUUACUUCGCUACAUACUUUGAUAGCCCAAAAGGAAAAUUAGAUUGGCAGUACAAUGUAGUACACUAA